CCCCGCUCCCGCUGCGGGAAAAGUGGCCGCGGGCGCCGCCCCUCAGUGUGGGGCGGGCGCUGCGGCGGCGGCGGGCGCGAUGCGGGCGCGGCCGCUCUGGGCCGCGGUGCUGGUGCUGGGGGCGCUGGCGGGCGGCGGCGGCGGAGUGUCCAACAUCUGUACCACACGAGGUGUCCGCUCCUGCCAGCAAUGUCUGGCUGUGAGUCCCGUGUGUGCCUGGUGCUCGGAUGAGGCCCUGCCUUUGGGCACUCCCCGCUGUAAUCUGAAGGAGAAUCUGCUGAAGGAUAACUGUGCUUUGGAGUCCAUCGAGUUCCCCAUCAGUGAGGCCCACAUCCUGGAGGCCAGACCCCUCAGCGACAAGGGCUCCGGAGACAGCUCCCAGAUUACUCAAGUCACCCCUCAGAGGAUUGCACUCCGGCUUCGGCCAGAUGAUUCAAAGAAUUUCUCCAUCCAAGUCCGGCAAGUGGAGGAUUACCCUGUGGACAUCUACUACUUGAUGGACCUGUCUUACUCCAUGAAGGAUGAUCUGUCAAGCAUCCAGAACCUAGGCACCAAGCUGGCCUCCCAGAUGCACAAGCUCACCAGUAACUUGCGGAUUGGCUUCGGGGCUUUCGUGGACAAGCCCAUGUCACCAUACAUGUACAUCUCCCCACCAGAGGCCCUCAAAAACCCCUGCUAUGAUAUGAAGACAACCUGUUUGCCUAUGUUUGGCUACAAACAUGUGUUGACGCUAACUGACCAGGUGACCCGCUUCAAUGAAGAAGUGAAGAAGCAGAGUGUGUCGCGGAACCGAGAUGCCCCAGAGGGUGGCUUUGAUGCCAUCAUGCAGGCUACAGUCUGUGAUGAGAAGAUUGGCUGGAGGAACGACGCAUCCCACUUGCUGGUGUUUACCACUGAUGCCAAGACCCAUAUAGCGCUGGAUGGAAGGCUGGCAGGCAUUGUCCAGCCCAAUGAUGGGCAGUGUCACGUUGGAAGUGACAACCAUUACUCUGCCUCCACUACCAUGGAUUAUCCCUCUCUGGGGCUGAUGACCGAGAAGCUAUCCCAGAAAAACAUCAAUUUGAUCUUUGCAGUAACUGCAAAUGUAGUCAAUCUCUACCAGAACUACAGUGAGCUCAUCCCAGGGACCACAGUGGGGAUUCUGUCUACCGAUUCCAGCAAUGUCCUUCAGCUCAUCGUUGAUGCAUAUGGAAAAAUCCGCUCUAAAGUAGAGCUGGAAGUGCGUGACCUCCCUGAGGAGUUGUCUCUGUCCUUCAACGCCACCUGUCUCAACAAUGAGGUCAUCCCAGGCCUCAAGUCUUGUGUCGGACUCAAGAUUGGAGACACGGUGAGCUUCAGCAUUGAGGCCAAGGUGCGCGGCUGCCCCCAGGAGAAGGAGAAGUCCUUCACCAUCAAGCCCGUGGGCUUCAAAGACAGCCUCACCGUCCAGGUCGCCUUCGACUGUGACUGUGAAUGCCAGGCCCAGGCCGAGACUGCCAGCGACCGCUGCAACCAUGGCAAUGGGACGUUUGAGUGCGGGGUGUGCCGCUGCGGGCCUGGCUGGCUGGGAUCCCAGUGUGAGUGCUCGGAGGAGGACUACCGCCCCUCCCAGCAGGACGAGUGCAGCCCCCAGGAGGGCCAGCCCGCCUGCAGCCAGCGGGGCGAGUGUCUGUGCGGCCAGUGCGUCUGCCACAGCAGCGACUUCGGCAAGAUCACGGGCAAGUACUGCGAGUGUGAUGACUUCUCCUGUGUCCGCUACAAGGGGGAGAUGUGCUCGGGCCACGGCCAGUGCAGCUGUGGGGACUGCCUGUGUGACUCAGACUGGACUGGCUACUACUGCAAUUGUACCACGCGCACGGACACCUGCAUGUCCAGCAACGGGUUGCUGUGCAGCGGCCGUGGCAAGUGUGAGUGCGGCAGCUGCGUGUGCAUCCAGCCCGGCUCCUACGGGGACACCUGCGAGAAGUGCCCCACCUGCCCCGACGCCUGCACCUUUAAGAAGGAGUGUGUGGAGUGUAAGAAAUUUGACCGAGGAGCCCUCCAUGAGGACAAUACCUGCCACCGUUACUGUCGUGAUGAGAUCGAGUCUGUGAAGGAACUUAAGGAUACUGGGAAGGAUGCAGUGAAUUGUACAUACAAGAAUGAGGAUGACUGUGUCGUCAGAUUCCAGUACUAUGAAGACUCGAGUGGAAAGUCCAUUCUCUAUGUGGUAGAAGAGCCAGAGUGUCCCAAGGGUCCUGACAUCCUGGUGGUCCUGCUUUCAGUGAUGGGGGCCAUUUUGCUCAUUGGCCUUGCUACUCUGCUCAUCUGGAAGCUCCUCAUCACCAUCCAUGACCGGAAGGAGUUUGCUAAAUUUGAGGAAGAGAGAGCCAGAGCAAAAUGGGACACGGCCAACAACCCACUGUUCAAAGAGGCCACAUCCACCUUCACCAACAUCACCUACCGCGGCACUUAAUGACAAGGAGUCAUCCUCAGAUCACUAUCAGGCUGUCCCAGAAUUGUGGACAUCUCUGCUGUCAUGUUUACAGGGAACGAUAUCGGUGGGGCGGGAUUGGGGGCUGGGCGUGGGGUGGUUUGGAAGAACAUCAGUCUGUGGAAGUGUGGGUCUCUGUGCGUGUGUCCAUGUGAGUGUGCUGCGUGUGGGGGAAUGUGUAAUUUCAAACUUGUGGUAUGUCCUAGGUAAGCGGAGCUCCUCAGCCAUCCACAGAAUGCCUCCUUCAGGGAUUCUUCCUGCUUAACCUGAGGGUGACCGACACAGCUGAGCAGGUGUUCUACAUUACCUCAGUGAGAAGCCAGCUUUCCUUUUCUGGCCAUUUCUUCCUGAAGAGGAGGGCAGGGCUGAGCCUCUCAUUCCAGAGAAAGGGACCUUGACUCUACUAUGAGUUCAUGGUUCUUGGGCCUGACGCUCAGCAGCUCUGAUAGCAACUGCUGGGCUUGGCAGCCUUGUGUCAUCUGGGCCUUUAUCUCCUUUCCCUUCCCUCAGGCUGAAGGAGAAAUCUUGCUCAGUGGGGAGUGAGGAUGGUAGGGCCACUCAGGGGUCAUGCAUGGCCUGGAUGAAUGUGCCACGGUCCCCCAGUUCAUCAUCAUCACCCUUCAUAUUUGUCUCAUCGGCAGCUCCACGCUAGAAGUUCCUUUAGAAGAAGUGUGUCACCCUUAGACCAGCAUUGCUUCUUUACCUUCUACUUCCACACUCCCACUGCUGUAGACAUUUGCUACAUCCUGGGGAUUUCUUUCAUGACCAAACACUUUUCCUCCCAGGGAGAGUGCUGUGAUUAGAGCCAGAGGUCUGGCCCCACCCUUCAGGCCCUCCGCCCCUGGUCCAGGGCACCUGCACACACCCAACCUGGUGCUUCUGUGUGCUACAUCCAUCCAUCCAUGCGGCUGAUUGCAUUUAUCUACCUCUUGGCUGUCCUUGGGUGAAGGAAUCGUUCCCAUGGCUCUCUGAGUCUGCUGGGCAUAAAUGCCACAUUUGGAAUGCUGGGUCAGUUGUAUUGGCGUGUGUGGCCUAUUCUCCUGUGGGCUGGGCAGCCUCAUUUUAACUCAGUCUUUAAUCCGAGAGGCCAGAAGUGCAAUUUUAUUUUAUUUUUCUCAUUGGGUCACCUGAAACCAUGAUGAGGCUUGCUUAAUCUAAAGGAGUAUGUAUAUAAUCACACUUGCAUUAUAUUUGUAACUUUAUUUGGUGGUGAGGAAGAAGAGUGUUAAAAAAACAAACAAACCCACACAGACUUGGACUGGAUACAGACCCUCCCACUUGCCGUCAUUCAUAGGCAGUUGCUGCUCUGUCACUGGGUCUGUAAGGGCUCGCUCAUCCUGGAAGCCUGUGGGGAUGGACCCAGGGGCAUGCUGGGCCUUUUCUGAGGAGGUGGGAUACAGGCUGUUCUUUUUUCCUAGCCAUAGCUGUUUGCUCUGUUGGUAUUUACCUUAGUCUCACCACCCUUACCCCCAUUCCAUCAAGAAAAAGGGAAGGACCUAUAGAGAGUGGUCUGAUGAUCAGAAAAUCUAAGUCCUGGCCUCAGUGUUGCAGCUAAGGAAUCUUUAACCUUAAUUAAGGCGAGUCUCUUCUCCUUGGGGCUCAAUUUUCUACUCUGGAAAAUGAUAGGUUUGGACCAGUCACUCUAGAAGGUCUGUUUCGGUGUUGAUAUUCUAAGAUGCUGGGACUUCCCGUGGCAUCGAGCAUGGAGUUAAGAUUCUGUGAGAUGUUACUGGUUGUUGUUUUAGUUGGGAGACCUGAGAGACCUGGCUUUGGCAAGAGCAGAUGUCAUUCCACAUCACCUUUCUCAACAAAAGAGCCUCAUUCUAUUCUCUCUCAGAACCCCUUCCCCGACAUUUGUUAGCAGUUACAUCUCCUGAUGUAGCACUCAAGCUCCACUUAGCUUAUUAUUUCUUAUUUCACUUUGCACACAUUUGCAUCCAUGUAUAAGGAAAAGGCAUCUAUAAAAGUAGCUGAAAUAUGUAUUCUGUAUCUGUGGGCUAACAUUGAGAAUAAGCUUUUGGAAUUAGGAAUGGGGCAAAUGACUGAGCCUUGUCUCAUCCAUGGAUUACCCUUUACUGAAGGGUACAGUCGAGGGUUGAAUCCAAGAAGUUUCAAACCUAACUAUACCUUUUGCCUACUGAGACAAGAGUCCAUUAGAGUAGUAGUUGGAUAUUUUCUUUAGAUAAGAUGGUUUAUGUGAAGAAAUUGUAUCAAAGGAGGAAGAACAUAUUUAAAAGAUUAAAAAAAAAAUGGUAGGACUCUUGUCUGAGCUUCUGGAACAAGGCUUCUAAGCCUUUGUCUGUAUGUGGGGGAACCUGUUCACGAGAUAACGAAGUGCAGUCAGUUCUGGCCUCAUGUAGGGUGAACAUCUAAAUAGUAUUUUGGCAUUGGCACGGCCCCAAAAGGUUAUUCAUGCUCAGCUCAUCUGGAGAUAAUUUAUGUUCAAUCUCAGGGUCUGUGGACAGUAACGGGAAGCUUUGAACAUUCCUGACAAGUUGUCACAUAAGGAGUCAGUUCUUUACCUCUCAGAUAUUCUUAGACCACCCAUGAUUUCAAGAUACUUCUCUUUGUUAAGUAUUCCUGGUUGAAAUGACUUAGGUGCCUUCCUGACUUCCCAACCACCCCCUCUGUUUGAGUUGUGCAACAGUGAAUUAAAUGUGCUUUCCAAAACGAA